CCCAGAAAUCUGUGCAAUCCGCCAUAACAUAGAAAAUUAAUCGAAGGAAGAAAACAUAAAUGAUUCCUUCCAUUAUUGAAGUUCUUAUAAAACGAUUUUGCAAAAAGCUAGUGGAUUAAAAUAGUUAUAGACUAUGUAAAAAUGGAAAUAACAUUGAUAUAUAUUCAUCAAUGAUGUCGAAAUAAUAACCUCUUGUGUUGGGCGAGUUUUUGGACUGUCCGUCAUGUGUGUAAUUUGAUACAAAUCUUGAGAAGAAAUAUUGUAAUUUUUUCUCUUGGAUUACAUCUUGACACAAUGGGCAGUCGUCAGAUACCUGCUGAUAAGAUUAAUCUCCGGUUGAUUCUGGUGAGUGGCAAAACUGAGGAAUAUCUCUUUUCGCCAUGUGAUUCUGCGGCAGACAUAACCGAAUAUGUGUACAACCACUGGCCUGAAGAUUGGUCAGAAGAUCAACUCCCAUCGACAAAUAUAUUGCGGCUCAUUUACCAGGGUCGUUUUUUACAUGGAAACGUAACUUUAGCAGCUCUGCAGUUACCCACCGGAAAGACAACUGUGAUGCAUCUUGUAGCGAGGGAGAACCUACCGGAGCCCAAUAAUCAGGGUCAGCUGAAAAAGGACAAGAGUGGAGAAAGUGGGUGUAGCAAUUGCUGUGCGAUUCUAUAGCACAAUGUAGUAGGUUACAUUGCCAGUGCGACUGACAAGACAUUUUCUCAAUCUUCGCUUCAAAACCUGUAUAUUGUGCAGUAUUGUUGAACACAAGCUAACUACAGCCGUAUUUUAUUAUGUGAAACACGUGAUGCACUACUAUUCUCACCAGUUCUGCAAAUACUACACGGGGAUGAGAUCUGAUGUGUCUAUGUAUGCAAUGCCAGUGCUCACCGUUCUAGUGUAAUUUAUUUCAUUUAGAAUGAAAUGUUAAAAUCAUUUCAAGUUGUGUGUGUUUGCAAAAUUGCAAAACUGGCCACACCAUUGGGUUGCUAGUGGUUUCUGUUCUAAUUCUGUUUUAAACAAGAUAAUUAUGCAAGCUGUGGAAGCAUGUAAAUCAAACAUGAAGAGAAUGGCAAAUUUAAAAUUUAAAAAAAAUUAAUAUGAAAAAAAAAUCAUCAUGAAAUUGAGGAUGGAGGUUCGUGUUGGACUGGAUGAAGAGGAGAUAAUUGACAGUCGACUGGGGAAUAGAAGCUAUUGUGUCUUUCAUGUAGAGCAGUCUAGUGAAGAGAUCUGGAGUCACGGCUAGUGGCGUGUAAAAAUUACCAAACCAGACUUGAUCUUGUCUUUAUGUAUUCUCUUCACAAAACUCACUUCUUCGUUAUACCACAGGAGCAAGUCCCCUGUGAGCUUUAUUAGUCUAGUACACAACAUUCUGUAAUGGGAAUGUACAUAUAUAUUUAGAAUGAUGUGAUUCUUUAUUGAAUAAUAUCUUUUACUAGCUUUUAUUACUAUAAUUUUACUCUUUAAAUCUUCACGGUGAAAUGCGACUUGAAUUUUUUUUUUUUUUUUUUUUUUUUGGGGGGGGGGGGUGGGGGUAAAUCUAUACAUUGACUGUACAGCACUGGUAGAACAUUGUUAAAAUGUUAUGUAAUUGUAAAUCAGUCUGCAGGUACACAUGUGUGAUGACGUUAUGUGUGUGUGUGUUGCUCGAGUGCUAGUGUUUUUCUGUCUUUUUCUAUUGCACUUUUCUAAUUACUACGUCAGGCAUGUACCACACACACCACAGAUACAUGUAUCUUAUUGUGACUGUUUGAAGGUUGUCAAGCUCGAUGGUAGCAUGCACUGUGAUUGUAUGUUUCUUGUUGAUCUUGAUGCCAGAAAGCUGCACAUGGUUGGUGUAUAACAAAGAGGCUACUUGCCUUCGUUCAACUGGCUUUUUUAUUCGUUUAGAACAAUUACACUUCCUAAAUUCAGUUGCAGAAUAAAUGAUAUGAUGUACAAACUUAAAACUGACAGCUAUUAAUAAUCAUAAACAAUUGAUGAAUAUCACAAGAAUGAAAAUAGCCUGUAUGUUUAAAUGACAGUCUUUUUCUUUGAAAUCAUGCUUCGGAAACAAAUACCAAGUUUCAUAAUAAUUAAUUUGGUGUAAAAUUAAUUAAAAAGAUGUAUCUUUUUUUUCUUUUCUUUUUUAAAUUGAAAUAGAAAUAAUACAUCUGUUUAAAAAUAGUUUAUAGGCGGCUAUCAAAUCAUGUGUGAUCUCAAACUGAAAUAUGAAAUAAUUGGCUCUUUAUAUUAUGCUUUUUGACAGUAUUUCAGGCUUCUGAGAAUUGAAAAUCUGCGUGACCCAUUUAUCGGUUAUGCAGAAAUAAAUUCAGGUAAUAUUUUUGCGUAACCCGUUAUAUUCAAGUAAAUGGUGAUCCAAAAUAGGUUAUGCAAAAUUAGAUACGCGUCAACGAAACGAUUGUUCUCACAAUAUUCGGAGGUCAGUGUUUAUAUUCUUAAAUAACCAUGGACGUUUACUAAGAUUGAAAAUAAUGUAGGAUAUUGCACUAUUGGUGGCAAGGUAAUUGUUGUCACAUUUUAGCAUAUUCCAUAAUUAUGCGACACAUUGUUAAAAAAAAAAAAAAAAAAAAGUACUGUAGGUAAAGAAUAUAUUCGGAGAUUAUUCCAUUAUCUAUUACUUGCUGAUAGUAGUUUGUUUUUAAACUCACCUUAACAUACCAUUAUAUGUUGGCUACUUAGUUUAAUGUGCAAAUAAUUAACUAAUUAAACAUAAAACUCAUUAAAGUAAGAUCCAUAAAUGUAGUCAUCAUUUAAUGCAGUUAACACUGGUAUAUGUGUUAGGGUGCUUGGGGUGAUAGAUACAUAUCAAAGAGGUUGUCCAGUGGGUUGUAAAAGGGGCACAGUGUUGGAAGCAUUAUGCAGCCAUCCAGUUACCCGCUCAUUUCAGCUACUAUUAAGAUGUUAAAUUUUUUUUAAUGUAUUUUUGACAAUAAAUUGAGGCUAAAUUUAAAAUGGAUGAGGUAUAUCCUAAACAUGCAAGUUUAUUUUAAUUUAAAUUGUUUUCCUAAAUGUGUUGAAAUACAAUGAGUUGUUUCCAAAUUCUUAUGUACAUGUAUAUAUGUUCCAAAGUCUUAUAUACCGGUAUGUGGAAAUGUUUCAUUCAUACCAGUUUUCUUGCUGAAAGGAAAACUAGAAAUAUUUUUUAAAGUGUAUAGCAUUAGUAUAACGUUGACUUCAUGGAUAAAUUUCGGGUGUGCAUGUUUUUAAAAGAAAUACAAUACUGAAUGUGCAAACCACUGAAGGCAAAAACUAGACUGCAUGCUUGUUUUUCAAUUGUUAUGAUUUUAAUUUGUAUAAAUGGUUACAAACAAAAUUGACUCAUUGCACAGUCGAGCACAUACUUGUAUGAUCAAACCACAAUAGAAUUCUGCCCUGCAAAAAAUCUAACCUCCUGUGUCUAGAUGGAAGUGUCUUUUAUUGAUAUUGGUGUAGUGGUCCGUAUUGUAUUACUUACAUGUUUACAUGUACGGUAUGGUUUGGUGUAUAUAUAUAUAUAUACGUAUACAAAUCUGCAUGUGUGUGUGUGUGUGUAUCUUGACACAGAAUGGUACGCUAUACAAAUUGACCGUUAAAAUUAAUUACUUGAUAAAAAGCUUUUUUAAACAACUUUUUUUUUUAAAUAAACAAAUAAGAUUUUGUUAAUAGCAUUCUAUGAAUAGAUAUCCUGCACCCCCUUUUCUCUCUACUUUUAAUUUGUUUUAUAUUUUUAAUUAUACUGCAUGUCAGAAAUUGUUAUCACAUAUUAUUAGUAUAAUGAAAUUUCCUUAUUGGAUGAGUAGUUAUUUUCAGUUUCUAAUAAUUAAUGUGCACAUUGCAGUAAUUAAUUGAAUCUUGAAGAAUUUGUUUUCAUGUUAUUGCAGUAGUCACUAGCUAUAUUACAAAUUAUGAUGUCACCAAUUCAAAUCUUGCUUCAGACUAUUUCCCUUGUGUAUUUGUAAAUUGUCCAGAUCAAGUAAAACAACAAUUAGCAUGUAUUUGUGGACAUGUGUAAUGAAAUUAAGGCAGUUAAAAUAAUGAAUGUCAUAAACAGAUGUGUGAAUGGUUAGUUUGUAAUAAAGACAUUGUGUUUACAAGUAUUUGCCUUGAAAUCACUAACACUAAAAACACUCACCAACAUGAUAAUAUCAUAUUGAUGUCAGACUUGGAGUUGUAAUCUUUUUAAAUAGUUUUUACAGAUGUUUUCUCAUGGCAAAUGUUUUACAUUUAAUUAGUGCGGUGACAGAGGUGAAUAUUUCAGUCUUUGAUCAAAUUCACGUACACCAUUUACCUACUAAAUGUGCAUUUAAAAGUGAUUCUCUUUACACAUUUUCUGGCUGUUGGACCACCAGUGUACAUAACAUGAUACUUAGUACUUGAUGUUACAGUAUGUAAUUUAUUGUUAUUUGCUUGACUAGAAACUGUAUAAAAUUAGUAUGUCAUAUCGUACAUGGAAGAAAACUUGUUUUACAUUUGACAAGCAUACAUGUAUGCACAUUUUAAUUUGUAUAUAUUAAUAAAACUGGUGUACAUAUUUUUCCAAGUGUUCAUGGAAAUAUCCAUGGUUUCAUACAUAAUCAAAAUAAAUUUAGAUUGCAUUAUACAUUGACAUAGAAGAAAAAGCAUUGCUUAAAGUAAUGGGUUGAUUACUAUAUAUUUUUCUUUUCUUUUUUUAUGUUUAAUCUCUUAGGCUGUAUUAUUUAAUUUUAAUAUUUUUUUUUCAAUAUGCCAAUUUGCAAGAAAGAACCAAAUGGCAAAAUUAAUUUUUGUCUGUCCAUGACAAUAUUAUUGUUCAUAAACCUAUACGUUAACACACACCCCCCCCCCCCCCCCCCCCCCCCCCCCAAAAAAAAAGUCACAUGACUCGCAUACAACUUUAUAUGCAAUUUUUACCGGUAAUGUAUGAACAUGAAAUAAUGUCAUGUUUUAUUCUAACUGAAUGAAUUUAGAGUUUUAAUUUCAAGUUUGUGACAUGCGCAAGACCAGUUAAAAUUGUAUAUAAUACAAUAGACAUCAACUUUCAAUAUAAUAUGUUUACUUCAGUGUCUAUCAAGCAAUAUCAGAUUGUUCUCCUAAUAGAAUAACAUAUUAUCAAUGAUUUUGCAAUCACAAACAAUUUCUUUAUGAUAAAGAUUGGAACACUGAUUAAGAGGAAAUUUAACCAAAAUCUGGAUAUACAGUGCAUAUGAGAGUGGAGAUUGUCCUCAUGUGUUCCCCAAGUUAGAAUAAACUUCUUACAGUAACCCGUUUUAAAAUAUUGGAAAACGUAAUAGAGUGCUAGUUGUUUGCAGUUCAUUAAUCUUGCUUACCAGGUUCUCUUGAUACUGAAGAUUUUAGUUUUAUUAAGCAAUAUUUACUUUUUGCAAGUCUUAGCUGAAAAUUACUUAGCCAGAUUAUUGACACCUAACUAUCUUUCACUUAUAUUUGUUUUGUUAAUUUAUUUUCAGAUGUAUAUAUAUAUAAUUAAGCAUUUGCAUAUAACUAAAUAUUUUGAGUGUUAAACGAUGGUGAUAAUUUAUACAGUAGAAGCAAAGGAAGCAAAAAAGAAAAAAAAAAUCACUAUUAAUUGUCAUCAUCUAAAAAGUUGACUACAGGUGUAUAGAACAUGGCAUACUCCUGUGUUUUACUGAGUGUUUUACAAAUUGAAUGGUCAGCUUUUGCAACCAUGACAAUAUGUUUUGAGACGACCAGUAUUUCUGUCUGUUGGGUGUUUUCCACUGUUGUAAUAUGUUAAGUUUGUCUCGGGUUGUGCACAGUAGAUGACCUGUAAGUGAUCUACUGUAAGAUUUUCUCCAGCAGCAAGUCAAACGUGUGUGUGUGUACACCUGUUGAUUUCUUUUGUGUGUGAAACUACCUAUGUCAUUCUAGUGUGGUUUUCGUAGUAUUGCAAAGGGAAAUCAAAACAUGAUCUACAUAUAUACAAAGACAAAAAAGGUUUAGCAGUUUGGUAAAUGUGCUUAUUGUAAACUGGAAUAAUAUUGCAACUUUUUUUUCUCUUGUGAAUACACAUCUUCAUGAAGUCGCUAUAACCUGGAAAAUAAUGCGUGCAUAUCAGUCUUGUCACUUGAGGUUCACUGCGAAUAACACAAAGUUAAUAUGCACGUUUUGUUCACCCGGUUUACAGUAUAUAAAAGAAAACUUGUGACUUUCAAAGUGAAAGCAGACACUGGAAUUAAUUGAAGCAUCGCCUGUCAGUACAGGUGUAAGUAACAGAUUAUUUUAAUUGAAAAUAAAAUGCAUAACUGUCAUAUCAUUGAGUAUAACUUAAAGUAGUACCAAAUUGCUAAAGUGUUUUGUUUUGUUAUAUAUUGGUAUUUAAUUUGUGUGCUGAAAGGCAGUUGCAAGACAACUCUUUAUAUUAUCCACCUAUCCAUAAAGAGCACAUCUCAUUUCUUCUUUCUGCAUAUAUGUUAAACAAGGCCACCUCAAAACCACUGUAGAAACCAUCAAUAUCUUUUUUAUGGGCGAGGGUGAAUAUAUACAGUGUGUGAAAGUUAAUCAGUUGGUUUUUUUCAAACACAUUUUGACUCCACUCCAUCUAUACCAGCUGCAUGCGCUAUUAAGCUGUAAAAGAUCACGAUACCUCGGGCAGUAAUUAAUAUGUAAUAGUAAAUGAAUCAGAGAAAAACUCGUAAUUGCUAUCUAAUUGUAGGUGUAUGUAUUUUAACACUAAACACUGGAUUGUAUUCAGGUAGGUUUUACACUCACUUUGAUUGUGUUUUGUCAAUGAGGGUAGGGGUGGGAGCUAAGUACAUAAAGACUUCUUAAACAUGUUUUUGAUCAAAUUCACAUUACGAUAUACAUGGAAUAAGAUAAAUAAAAGUAAUAACAUAACAAACAAAACUUGAAGAGUUCUCAAUUCUGUCCGAUCACAUUCAUUCCUUGUGUUGUUUUUCAUUGGUUUCUUGUGCAACCUUUUUAAGAUAUUUAUGAAAUCUGUGUAGUUGAAUAUUGAUGUACAUACAGUAUUCUGUAAUGGUAUCCCCUGUUUAUACACAGCAGUCUGGUUGCUGAUAGAACCUGUGUUAAUCAGGAUGUUAAAUACCCAGCAGGUCAAUGGAUGUUGUGGUUGAUGUAGUUACACGUGUAGUUCAUCCCGUCGAGAUAAAAAUGUCACUUUUUAUUGCCUUACUGAAAUAAAUUGUUCAAUGUGAUCUGUUUCCCCAAUCCAUUAAUUUGUAUUUUUGAUAUUUGUUUAAUUUUUAUUUCUAGCUUAUACUGCUACUUGAACUUCUGAUUAUUUGGAGUAAAUCUGUCUCAGUUAACCUUUUUUCAUUCUUUCUUCUUUUUUUUUCAUUUGUUUUUUCCUUGCCCAAUUGUUUUCUUUAUAAACUUGUAGGUUAAGUAGUAUACCAAUCAGCCCUUUAGUUUGUAAAGUAUGUAUUGUUAGCUGUUUGUCAUACAUGAAUUGGUGUUUGUCCAAAUAAUAUCUCCAUACAAUAAAAUGCCUUUAAAAAUAUGCACCAACCACUUCUGUACUUUAUUAGUCCCUUUCCAACACAACUGGUUGGGGACUACACCGUAUUGGUCCAUCUGUCUACCUGAAUGUCUGAAUUAAAUUGUCCACUGUUUGAUUGUGUGCAUGCAAUUGUAAAGAAAAGGUAGAUAAUUAUUUUUUUAAUGAGUAGAAAGAAAUGGAAUGUGAAGUUGAUUGAGAUCCAUAAGCAUCUAUUCCAUAGACUUGGCAUGCGUUAAAAGAAGACAAUUCUAGGGAUUGCUUUCAUAACCAUUAACUUGUUUAUUUUGGGGUAAAUAUACAUGGAUUUUAAACUUUAAAUAUUUUUUGGAUGAAUAUUUUUGCACUCUGAAGUGCAUGUUUGGAAGCCAGUGUUUUGAUUACCAUAAUGAUAUCCACUGACGGGGGAUGAAAAUGGGGGUUGUCUUCAUAUGAAUAUAUGUUCCAAGAAUAAAGUUGUUUACAAAACAUAUCAGUGUGUACAUAAACUACUACAUUUUGUGUAAUACAAAAUAAAUUUAAAAAACAACAAAACUAGAUGGUAUUUUAUAGAAUCCAAUUAUAUUUUGAGAAUGUUUGAAAAAUUAUUCUGGCUAUUUCAAAUGAGAUUUUUAUGUCUUUUUCCUGCAGGCAUUCAGUCUUAUUUUUCUGGUAAACAUGCUCAUACCACCAUUGGUAUUGAUCAUCUGAUUUGUAGGCUGUUACUGAUCAUAUAUACUAAGAGGCAUAAAUAACACAAUGGGUAUUUCGCUAUAUUUUCUUAUAGAAAUAUUAUGUCAUUUAUAUUAGGCAUGCAGAUAAAUGACAUAUUGGUAACAACUGUAAGUGAAAGAAUGUUCAAAUUCGGAAUUUUUAAAAAUAAAAUGUGGUUUUAAACAAAACAAAAAACUUGGUUUUUUGGCAAUAAAACAGCAAUUUUUUAACAUUAACAUAAUAAAAAAAAAGAAAAUACAAACAAUGUUUGCUUUUAUAGGGAGACGAGAGCAGGCAAUGCACAUGCAAAAACAUUUUCAUAUGCAAUGCUGUGUUGUUGCAAUAAAUACCCAAGUUAUGUUUUUUGAUGAAAACUCAUUUUAUUCCUUUUUUUAAUAAUUUGAACAAAAUCCUCUUUCACUUACAGUUGUUACCAGUAUGUCAGUUGUCCGCAUACUCAAUAUAUAUGAUUUGACAUUUCUAUAAGAGAUUAUUCAGUGAAAUACCCAUUGCGUUAUUUAUGCCUCUCAGUAUAUUUUAUAGGUAUAAUUAAUAAAGAUGUCGGUAUAAUGCUCUGGUGGCCAGUAUAUGAAUGUGUAAUGUCUAUAAACCAUCUGUGACGAGUAAACAGAAAUAUUACUGUACCUGGAAUAUAUUUCCCUUGAUUUUAAAAAAUAUAAUUCUUGUUUCUUUUCUUUUUUCGUGUAUCCUCGUAUUGUUUUUAUUCUAAUAGAUGUGCUUCUACAAGCUACGUUACUACCUUCUGUGUAGAUAAUAUUGCUAUGGUUCAUACUGAAAGUGUUUUCUGUACAUUUCUGUAAAUUUAACACCUAUACUCCCUUCAUGUCUUUGUUAUAAAUUCACAGUCGUCAGUUUUGUUAAGUAUAUCAUUGAAUGAUAAAAGAGUAUAAAUCAA